AUGACGUGUCAGAAAGACCCGGAAGCUGUCAGUGUGUCCAAGAUGGCCUACCAGACCCUCCAGCAGGAAUACCUACAGAUUCCUGUUGUUACCAGAGCUUACACCACGGCCUGCGUCCUCACCACGGCUGCAGUGCAACUGGAGAUCAUCACGCCGUUCCAGCUCUACUUCAAUCCGGACCUGAUUCUGAAGAACUACCAGGUAUGGCGGCUCAUCACCAACUUCCUGUUCUUCGGUCCAGUCGGCUUCAACUUCCUGUUCAACAUGAUCUUCCUGUACAGAUACUGCCGGAUGCUGGAGGAGGGUUCCUUCAGGGGCCGAACGGCUGACUUUGUCUUCAUGUUCCUGUUUGGUGGCCUCCUCAUGACCAUCUUCGGCAUCUUUGUGAGCCUGGUCUUCCUCGGCCAGGCCUUCACCAUCAUGCUGGUCUACAUCUGGAGUCGAAGGAACCCCAACGUCCGCAUGAACUUCUUCGGCCUGCUCAACUUCCAGGCUCCCUUCCUGCCCUGGGUGCUGAUGGGCUUCUCCCUCCUGCUGGGGAACUCCAUCAUCGUCGACCUUCUAGGCAUCGCCGUCGGCCAUGUUUACUACUUCCUGGAAGACGUCUUCCCCAACCAGCCAGGAGGAGGCCGGUGGCUCAGGACGCCGUCCAUCAUAAAGAUGCUGUUCGACACGCCGGAGGAAGACGCCAACUACAACCCGCUGCCUGAGGACCGGCCCGGAGGCUUCGCCUGGGGGGAGGGCCAGCGCCUGGGGGGCUAGACGGCCUCAGGGACGUUCUGGAGAGACGGAGGAGACGGACGUGCUCUUUGUGUUCCACGUGUUUGUUUAGUUCUCGGUGAAGAAUGCCAAACAGCCUGAACCGCUGUGGACGGAACGGUUUUGUUGUUUGUGUUUUUUGGGCUUUAAUCAUCUUCAGAAACUCUCCUCCAUGCCGACUCGUCGCUCUGAGGCCAUUUUUAGAAGAACUGGACUUUGGGACUACAGACAAAGCUGGACAAUGAGCCCGACGGGCCCACAGGCUGUUUGUCUCCGUCUCACAUUAAAAUACUGACGCGUGAAGGAGGAAAAACAAAAAAAAGAUUUAAAUAUAAAACAGAAUUUAUCCUCAUGGUGAGUCCUUCUUUUUCAUUUCACUUUUUAAACAAAUAAAUGUGUGCAGCAAAGGUC